AUCCCCCAAAACCCGGCGCAGAAACGGCUCCGGGAACUCGCCAUGCUGAGCAAGCAACUGCAGCAGGUUCACCCCAACGUCCUGGCCAAGGUGCUCAAGCAGGCAACCGUGUACCAAAACGAGGAGAUUGUGGUGAUCAACAAACCCUAUGGCCUCCCCGUGCACGGUGGCCCUGGGGUCAAGAACUGCAUCACUGACGUGCUGCCGAUUUUGGCCAAGAUGCUGGAGAACAUGAAAGCCGAACCCCUCCACCUCUGCCACCGGCUGGACAAAGAGACCACGGGCGUGAUGGUGCUGGCGCGGAGCAAGGAGGCGGCAGAGAAGAUCCGGCUCCUCUUCAAAACUCGGCAGGUGGAGAAGAUCUACUGGGCAAUUAGUUUGGGGGACCCAGACCCCCCCGAGGGCAUCGUGGAGAUC